GAAGAAGGUAUUUAGAUCACACUUGCUUAAAAGUUUUUCUCUUGUGAAAACUGUUGCUGAUCAUGGUUAAGUUUUAGAAAUCGUGACCACCCACCGUUGGGAAAUCAACUUAGCUAUGCAGAAUUGUCCACUAUCUUGCCAUUUUAAAUAUGAGAAGUAUGCUGUCUCUGGAAAUUUUUAUAUCUCCUUUAAACAUUUUAAAAACAUUUUAGGGGUUCAGGGGUUCAACAUUUUUCUAGGUGUGCGGCUCCAAAACCAAUUGAGACACUUGCCCAGAAGAAGGGGCCAUUACAUUGAAUUUAUGCCAAGUUGAAAGAGUUGAAAUGCAUUUAGGCAGACCAAAAGUUUUUUUUUUGUUAUUGUUUGUUCUUGUUUUCUGUUUUUGUUUAAAUGUCAUCCACUGAGAACAGCUGUACUAACUUUGUUCUGCACUAUCCUCACUGCACUUGCAGAGGUGGCUGUUUCAGUACCUGUAUGGACAAAACUUAGUCAAUGAAAGACCUCCGAAUGGCUUCAAAAUCAACGUUAGCAGCCCCAUGAAUGUACCUUUAAAUGGCAAGACAAUUCCAUCCCCUCUGAGAAGAAAUGGGCUGCCAAAAAUUAUAGGUUAGUAGAGAUCUUUCAUGACAGUUCAAUCACGCAGUGCGUAGAGCGUUUGUACACAUAUACUCUCCUGAGAAAAUGUUAUCCAUUUUUCGAAAUUAAUUCCAGUCACCGCUGGUUGCCAAUGUACAGUCCACCUGUUUUCUUCUUAAUUAAGGGAUUGGUUAACAUGUUUGCGUAACUUUUGAAAAGCUUCGUGGCUUUCUGUAGUUUUUGUAGGCUGGACUCCAGGCGAGUUCUGUACUGCUUUAGACAAACUGUUUUACUCCAAACUUCUACUGUGGAAAAUAUUUUUUAACUCUGUUUGCAAAGAUGUGCCCGCACCCUGGCCCAAGUAAGCUCUUUUUUUUUAUCCAUUCUACAAAAGUCUGGCAACUCAUUUGGUUUUCUCUCGCUCUGAUUCUCUGUCUAAGGUUGCGUCGCGCAUUUAGAGAAUAAAUUUCUCGUUGGCUGCCCAAAAAUAUGCCUCAGAGAUGUUGUUUAUCAAGUUUAGUAGCCAAAUAAAGAGGAAUAGGUUGUGUGUAAUUAUAACCACCAGCUUUUUCCCUUUUUCAAGAUACUUUACCGCUGAAGAAAAGGCACUUAAAAAGAUACCGGGAGAUGUCGUCCGCAUCCGAGCAAACUGCAAAUUUAGGGAGAACUGUACCAACAGAGCCAGCGUGUGGCGAGCCUCUUAUUGUUAGCUCGCCCGUUGCGUUAGAACAGCAAGUGCAGAUUGUAUUAGCAGAUAGUGUGAACGAUUUACAACCACACAAAGGAGAGGCUCUAUCGGCUACAAAUGAACAAAUUCCUCUUAGAGAAGAACUUCUUUUAAAAGUGAACGUUUCAAAUGCGUCAAACAUUCUGGAAACUGCGAAUUCGACAGCUCUUUCAGAGAACAAUGCACUUACGGUGGCAACGGGCGAGUCUGGUAUUUUGCAGAGAAGACCGAGCGAUCCUCGACUUGUAAAUAAUUCACCGGUUUCUAGUAUAGCUCCUGUCAUUUCACUGGGAUAUCCUCCGCCUGUGGUGACCUGCGCUGUUUCACCCGUGUCUGUUGCAGCAACGAUUCCUGGGCAACCUGUACUGCAGCUUUCACAGGGUAACGAUACAUCAGGAACGCCAGGAAAGAAAAAGGUAAAAGAAGUUCAACCAGUAACCAAUCAGAGUGUUUUUUGGUUGAGUGACGUCAACCAAAAAAUCCUAACAGCCAAUCGGAAGAAAGGAAGAAAUCGCGAGCAGCCAAUGAUGUAGCAAAUUGGUUGAAGCGCGGGAAAAAGCAAGUGGCUAUAACAUUUAGUUUUUAAUCUGGUCUAGGUUGUUAAAAAAGACGAUAACGCUGUAAGGAGGAUAAAUAUCUAUCCAGUGUAUAGUGCAGCAUGUUUUGUCAACCCUUAUCCGUUGGAUAGCGUUAUCCGUAUUUUGAGCAACUAGGCCUUGAUUGUUUGAGAAAGUGGGGAGAAAUCUUUGGACGAAUCACUUUGCAAAGUAGAUUAAAACCAAUGCAAUACCAGUUUGCGCUUGACACUUGUAUCGAAAAUGGCUUUAACUCUAAUUAUCGUGGCCCGGAGAUUGCCAAGAAAUUUCAAGAUUCACCAACAAAAACUCAGUUUUGUAUCUGUGUGUAAUUACACUCGUAUUUGUUGGUUUUUGUUCUUUGGCAGGUUUCAUUGUUAGAAUAUCGCAAUCGAUCGCGGAACAGACUGUCAGUGGACACGCCGAGAACAUUAACAUCGCAGUCUGCUGGAGUGACUAGUGUAACUAAUGGGUCAUCUUCGUCAAGCUUAUCGCAAUUAGUCAUGAAAUCGCCAUCACUUCCGAAUCUCAGCUCACCAUCAACGACGCCGUCCUUUGUCCAUCGACCGAUUUCUAGUAGUGGUGAAAUGAACGGGCCUCAUGUGGAGCCAGUUAGCCCAGACAUGGAAGAAAAGUCUACAGGUAGGGACGACUGCAUUGACGAGAAAGCGCUUUUUUUUUCCAUCGCUGUAAAAUCCCUGGAGUUGCGACUCCCAUAGUAACGUAUAACAAGGUAAAGUAGGAUUAGAGUGGCAGGGGUGUAAGGAGGAGCAGUAAAUAUUUAUCCUUGUGGUGAAAUCAGUUGAAAAAGACUUAAAAGGAACUAUGCGGAAUCCUUUGUAAUUAUUUCCCAUCUCUUACCAGUCAGAGGUGGUGUACCGUUGCAGUAGCCGUAUCGAUACACUGCUAGAUGUUCGUUGUUAUUGCCAAAGCGGUAUCGGUUCCUUUUAUUAAGAAACGUUUUUUAAUAGAUCGAUCUUUUGUAGGUUCGGUCCAGCGAGUGGCGAAAAUUUCUAACAGCGCUUAUGGAAGAGUGAGCACCACUUCUUCAAGAAGUUCGAUGUUUGGCGAAGUAGAUUCACGCCUCAAGAGAGGUCAGUAACCUGUGAUUAUUUUAAGGCAACACAGCCAUAUAUUUCGGAUGCAGUUUGGUUCUGUUUUAUUAAACAUUUGCUGGUUAUUUGCUUACAGAUAUUCAAACGAAACACGCGCAAGAGAAGCUGACUUCGUUUAUCGCGGAGCAACUGCAAAAAGGUAUCUUGGUCAAGUUAUGAAUUGUGUAAACUCUCUAGUUUGAAGGUGCUGUGCAAUUCUGAAGAAAAAAUAUUUCUAACCUGUCGUUCUUUUAUCGUGGUCACUUCACGAAGUAAAUGAAGCACAAAGCUUGAUGCCCUUACUUUUUUUACCCACAGGUUCGACUCAUAAAUCAUCCAAACCGCCCACAGUGGUUGGUAGAUCACCUAGUACCAGCACCAGCAGCGAGUCUUCAAAUCCAGCAACGGAACUAACGGGUACGAUGCCGCACAAGAAAUAUUUGUAGUUAUUAUCCAACUGCACUUGGUAGAGUAAAAAUAUCGCGCGGAAUGGAGUAAAAAUAUCCCGCAGUAUUGAUCGGUUAUUUGGACAUGUGGUUUAUUUUUUGUCUUGUUGGAAAGACCUGUUUGACAGGUUAACCACGCUCGCGUGUGUUGUUUCAAACGAAAAAAUGGACGACAUUUUCGUAUAAAUGAAGCAGUUGGAUUAUAAAUAGCUUGUGAAACGAAGAAUUUUGAUAAUGAACGUGCUUCUUUUAUUUCUAACACAGGUGACGCUAUGGAAAUCGAGGACGAGGAUAGCAAUUCAAACUCCAAUAUUUACGAGAACAAUCUGAUGGCAGUUCCUUCCUCUCACUCUCACUCUCACUCGCAGCAUAUACCCCAUCGUCCUUCGCUUCUUUCACAGUUUGCUCAACCGGUGAGUUACCAUCUUAUUCUGUUUACCUGUUCCGCUGUUUGUACAACUGGGGCCUGCGUCGAAAGUUGUGUUCGCGCUUUACGUCAUCUGUUAGAUUUGGUGGUAAAACUUACGCUAAUACUAAUUGAAUAGAUGCUUAAACACGGAAACUUGAAUUAAUUAACGCGUAUUUAUUUAUUUGUGUGGUUUUUAUUGAUUUAUUUUAGAAUUAUAGAAUAAGUCACUCGCAGCAACCUAUGUAUUUGGCAACAGCCGCGCCCCAGCUUACGUCUCCGUCGCAGCCACCGACGCGGCUACCAAGCAGUUCGCCUCAGUACCUCGUGACCAGCCCUUCAGCUCCAGCACACGUCCGUUUUCAACCUCCGUACCAAGCCGCGCCAUCACAGACGGCUGGUUUCUACCACCACUGA